AAUUUUUAAUUUAUCACUGCGGUAUCUAUCAUAUCAUAACCUCAUAUUUCAAAGUGAACAGUAAAAUUUAUGAAUAACUGAACCAAAUUUAUUUCUGUAGAUAAUGGCAACAAAGUUAGUCGCUACCGCAACAGUUCGCGCUAUGAAAGGUCGAAAAUUAUUACCUUCUAGAGCGGCAUUGAUACUGACUCCAGCUGCAGUUAAUAAAGUAAAAGAAAUUCUAGACGGGAAAAAAGACUAUCAAUUACAGGUUGGAUUGAGAAUUGGUGUUCGACAAAGAGGGUGUAAUGGACUAUCGUAUACAUUGGAUUAUGCCACACAUAAAGAUAAAAUGGAUGAAGAAGUGGUACAGGAUGGAGUGAGAGUUAUAAUUGAUAAAAAAGCUCAAUUAACACUCUUAGGCACCGAAAUGGAUUAUGUGGAAUCAAAGUUAGCUUCAGAAUUCGUGUUCAAUAAUCCUAACAUAAAGGGCACGUGUGGUUGUGGAGAAUCAUUUAGUAUAUAAAAAAUUGUGUGUUGUAGACAUUGUAUAUAGGUAGUCUGUGUAUAGAAGAUAUUUAUUGAAAUUGUAUUGUAAACAUUUGAGACAUGUGGUCAAAUGCAUGCAAAUAAAUACAUGUAGAAAAUAGA